AUGUUUGCGCAACAAAUCGGGAGAAAUGUUCAAGUCUAUGUUGAUGACAUGCUAGCGAAAAGCCGAAGGGAGGAAGAUCACUUGGAAGACCUUAGAGAAACAUUCAACACCCUUCGCUCCUACAACAUGAAGCUCAAUUCGGGAAAGUGCGCCUUCGGGGUGACGGCGGGAAAAUUCUUAGGAUUUAUGGUGUCUCAAAGGGGGAUUAAGGCCAACCCGAACAAGAUCCGAGCCAUAAUGGAGAUGGCGCCCCCAAAAAAUGUGAAGAAGGUACAAAGCCUCAACAGCAAAAUAGCAGCAUUGAAUAGAUUCGUGUUAAGAGCAACAGACAAGUGCUUACCCUUCUUUCGCACAUUGAAGAAAUCCUUCGAGUGGAUUGUCGAGUGUCAGCAAGCAUUCGAGGAGUUAAAAGCCUAUCUAUCUUCCCCACCGCUGCUGAGUCCCUCGCAACCAAGUGAAGAGCUUUUCCUCUACUUGGCCGUCUCCCCCCCUACUGUCAGCGCCGCUUUGAUCAGAGAAGAGGAUAGGGUGCAAAAGCUCGUAUACUACGCCAGCCGGGCACUUCACGGAGCUAAGGAAAGAUACCCGCCCAUGGAAAAACUUGCUUUCGCAUUAGUCACGGCAGCCUGUAAGCUUAAACCAUAUUUUCAAGCCCACACGGUGAUUGUCCUGACCAAUAAACCUUUGAGACGGGCAAUAAGUAGUCCUGUAGCCGCUGGUCAAUUGGCACUAUGGGCCAUAGAGCUGAGCGAGUUUGACAUCCAGUAUCAACCAAGAACCGCUAUCAAGGGACAGAUCGUCGCGGACUUUAUAGCUGAAUUUACGAGCGACGAGUGCAAGGGGGCAAAUGAUGUUCCCCAGUGGAGCAUACAUACAGAUGGAUCAUCCAACAGACAGGAUGGAGGGGCCGGCAUCGUACUACUAUCACCUAAAGGGGACACGGUUGAGUGUAUGGUCCGUCUAGACUUCCCCACUACCAACAAUGAGGCAGAAUAUGAAGCACUCGUAGCAGGGCUCGAUUUUGCCAAAGCAGUAGGGGCCAAGAGCGUGAUCAUUUAUUGUGACUCACAGGUCGUUACUAAUCAAGUGAAUGGAGACUAUGAAUGCAAGAACGAGAGGAUGCGGAGGUAUCUUGAUCAAGUAAGACAAAGAGUAAGCGACUUGAAAGCCAAAGUCGUCCAGAUCCGCAGAGGAGAAAAUGAGCAAGCCGAUCGCCUUGCCAAAGCCGCUUUGGGAGAACAUAUGAUCACCCCCGGUAACGUACUCUCUUUUGUUCAGUUCUAUCCAUUAAUAGAUCCCAACAAUGUACAGGAAAUUGGCUCCAAGAACAACUGGACCACACCACUGGUUUCCUACUUAAAGAACGGCGUCCUGCUAGACAAGAAGGAAGCCGCAAGAAAACUGAAGGUCCAAGCAGCAAGAUUCGUCUUGAUGAAAGAUGUCCUGUAUAAAAGAGGUUUCUCCCGUCCGUAUCUGAGAUGCUUAGGAACGGAAGAAGCAGACUAUACCAUGAGAGAAAUCCACGAGGGUAUUUGCGGAAACCACUCAGGGGCACGGUUGUUAGUACACAAGUUGAUCCGAGUUGGAUACUACUGGCCUACAAUGCUGAAGGACGCACAAGCUUAUGUCAAGUCAUAUGACAAGUGUCAGAGGUUCAGCAACUUCAUCAAGCAACCGUCCGAAGAGCUGACCUCGAUAAUGGCACCUUGGCUGUACGCUCAAUGA